AAGCGAGUGAAGGAGGACGAGGACGAGGAGGAGGAGGCCCUUGAGGACACCGCGGCGUCCGCGCACACGUCCAGCCCGCCCCGUGAGGACGCCCCCGCCGCCCACACCACGACGCCCCUGCCCACUGCCGCCCAGCCCUCGCCCGCAGAGCCUGAGGGCGACGCCGAGCUGUUGCCCAAGCAGGAGGCCUCGCCGCCAGCCCCGCCGGACCGCCAUGCAGCCGCCCACGCGUCGCCUGCCGUUCCCGCCCACGCCGCCCGCCACCCAUGCCUCGCACGCCUCCACGCGCGAGGGCGGCAGCCCCGCGCCGGAGGUGUCGGCCGUGAGGGAGGUGCCCGUCGAGCGCAAGACGGUGGCGCUGGAGGUGUCGCAGGACCUGGACGAACUGGGCAGCGCCGUCAUGACGCGCAUUUGGGAGACCAGAGACUCCUCGGGGGCGGUCAUCUCCACCCAGUGGGAGGUGUCGACGGACGCCCUCGCCCGCAACGGGAAGCACGCCAGCU